UGCUAUUAGCACCAUCAAACUGACGAUAUAAUUCAUACUAGUGAACAAUGAACGCACAAUGGACGAUGUUAAUUUAUACUAUUUUCCAGGAUCGUACUAUUCUCUGAAGGUCAUCCUAGCUCUUCUUGAGAAGGGUAUUCCGUACAAGGGUCACAUAGUGAACAUUCACGGUGGAGACCAGUCACAUGAAUGGUUCCUCCGUUUGAACCCCAAAGGCGAGGUUCCGGUUAUGAAAGUUGGGGAUACAGUAUACCCAGAGUCCGAACACAUAAUUGACGUCAUUGAUGAGAUGUUAAAAUGCGGACCCAAGCUUGUUCCGGAAGUAGAUGAUCGACUCGGUAGCGAGGUAAGGGAGACUCGGAAGCUGCUACAUGACCUUCCAAUCGACGUCAUAACGUUUGGCGUUUUGGCGAAUCGAAAGUUCCAAACAUCGGACAAUUUAUUUCCACAGGCGCUUCAAAGCCACUCUCGCUUCACCCGAGAAGGCAUAGAUACACAGUUUUCUGCAACUAUCUCCGAGUACCGAAAGCAGAUACAGACCUGCUCGUCGGAUGUGCGAACGAGCGUGGAAGGUAAACUCGCGAAACUGGAGCAGAGACGAACGAACAUUCUGGAUGAUAAGGUCGUGGCGCAAAUCCUAGAUGAACUCGAAGGAAUUUUUGAUCGGAUUGAAAGCAUGUUAAAAUUUAGCGCAAAUGAAAUUGUAUCUGGUGAAGGCCACUGGUUGUUCGGACCUGAAAUGACAGCAGCCGACGUGACUCUGAUCUGUCUUCUGAUCCGACUGCAGAUGAUUGGCAUUCUGUCUCGUUACGUCAAUCAAGAGGUCCGACCGGAACUGCUUCGAUAUUUUAAUCGAUUAGAAACCAGGGCAACAAUAAUUAAACUGAAUGAAAUAAUGGCGUCAGUCAAAUAUGUGUACAUGAAACGUGCGAUUAAGACUUAAGGGUUAUGGCGCUAAAGGUUGGGGCCGUUGUAUGUGCUGCUUAUGUUUGUUACGUAGGUUACAAAAAAUUGAGCAAAUUGGAAAGUUGCUUUGUUCAGUAUUAAGCAUUUUUUUUGGUAUUUAACUACGAAUGCGUUUGUUGUUGUUUUUUCAUCACAAAUGGAUGCUUUAAGUGUAUAGUUUAUUUGAAUCGCCGAAAAGUUAUAAUUAAUUAACCUUUGUCACCAUGGAGUGAAGUCUACUUAAGUUUCGAAUUGCUUUAAACUAUGUUAUUAUUGUGUGUUUUUCUGCAUUAA